UGUACUCCCCUGUCUGUUUACACCUAGUGCACUCAAUGAAUGCGCAGUAUGAGCCGGUUAGAUGUCGCAAAGGAUUGAAUCCUAAGUCGUGGUCCCUGUUUUGACCAAGUCGACUCGAUAGAAACACAUCGAACUUCAAAAGAGUGGGACGAAAAUAUGAACCAUUGGCGAAUUUCAGUCCAUGGAUAAAAUUUAAUGCGUUCAUGUUUUAAAUCCCGAAUGUGUGAAGAACUACACUCCGAAUGACUGUUGCCACAUUCGGAUCGGGUUUUGAGGCGGGAAUUGCGAGCAGUGCGUCUUUAAGAAGCUGAUAUCUGAGCGAUUCCUGUGGAGAUGCUGGGCAUGUACAGUAAAAGCGCCCUUUGCUUUACCGUGCGCUGUGAUCAGAUGUGACUGACACCCAGUCAGUGAAGGGGGAGGGAGGGUGAAGGGGAAAAAGGAACUCUUUGAUUUUUCUCCCUGAGAUCAGCUCCAACCUGGACCGUGGCUGCAUCCAGCAGUGUCUCCUCACGGAAGCAGCGACAAGGGUCAGACCCACAGAGAGAGAGAGAUGGACCUGGAGAGUUUGGAGGCCAGUAACGAGAGUGUGCCCCGGGUGAACCAGAGCCUAAUCGGGGUGACUGGAGGACCAGAGGUGGUGAUCGUGCCGGUCGCCUUCAGCUUGAUCUUCGUCCUGGGCAUGGUGGGGAACAGCCUGGUGAUCGUGGUGCUGGGGCGGACCAAAUCCAGGAGGUCUCGGAGCACGACCAACACCUUCAUCCUGAACCUCAGCGUGGCGGACCUGUCCUUCCUGCUGUGCUGUGUGCCUUUCCAAGCCACCAUCUACUCCCUGCCCGAGUGGGUCUUCGGCGCCUUCCUCUGUAAGUCGGUGCACUACUCCUUCACGGUGUCCAUGCUGGUCAGCAUCUUCACGCUGGUCACCAUGUCGGUGGACCGCUACAUCGCGGUGGUGCACUGCAAGCGGCCGCCGGCCAUCCGCAACAAGAGGAACGCCUCCCUGGCGGUGGCGGGGAUCUGGCUGCUGUCCCUGUUCAGCGCCGUCCCGGUCGCUCAGCACCAGAGCCUGGUCACCGGCUACCACCGCGCCCCCAACUGCUCCUUCUGCUGGGAAGUUUGGCACGACCGCACCCUCAGGCAGCUCUACAAGGUCACCAUCCUGGUCAUCGGCUACUUGCUGCCCUUGCUGCUCAUCUGCUGCUGCUACGCCAAGGUUCUGUUUCACCUCCACAAGAAAGUGAAGAACAUGUCAAAGAAAUCAAAGCGAUCCAAGAAGACUGCCCAGACUGUGAUGCUGCUUGUUGCUGUGUUUCUUCUGUCUUGGCUGCCCCACCAUAUCAUAAACAUGUGGGUUGAAUUUGGGUAUUUUCCCCUGAACGAUGCAUCGUUCGCCUUCAGGAUCAUCUCUCACUGCAUGACGUAUGGGAACUCCUGCAUUAAUCCCAUAAUAUAUGCAUUCCUCUCGGAAAAUUUUCGGAAAGCCAGCCGCCAAGUCUUCAGCUGCAAAUUCCCUUUCCCACAGCCCAUUGAGGAGAAAGUGGUCAGGAUUCGAAUGGAGAACUUUUCGACAACACCUUCAACAACAAAUGCUUGAAGCCAUUGCACUUUGUUCUGAGUAUUGUGACCAAGCAUGGAGGCCAUGCCUGUGCACUCUGAAAUUGCACAUCUGGUGAGAACAAGCAGUCAAAAUACUGAAUCAAGAACUCAAACGUUCAGAACAAUUGAUGAUGAUGAUGUCAACAGAUGUCAGUAUUGUGUUGAUCCAGAGGGUUCAUGUCCCAAGGCAUGUUCAUGAUAUAUAAAUUAAAAAGGGUUAGCAAAUAGCCUAAUGGAUGGUUCCAGCACUAUCUGAAAAUCCAUUUGAGGCUCAGAAAUAGUUAAUACAAGUUCUCACUUGUCUGCUUGGGGUUGAGUGAAUAUGGUGUUCAGUACCCCUGCAGUUUGAGGUAUGGAGAUAUGAUGAGAUAAUUUAAAUCACUGAAGAAAAUUCUAAUCAGUUAUAUAACUGGCUGUUUUUCAGAAUGCUGGUGUAUUGACACCAAAAAUGAAGUUACACUGAAUACUGUCAUUUCUAUGACAAUUUUAGUGUUUAUCUUAUUUAAUAUGAAAAUGUUGGAUUGUUGCUUGUAAAUGUGGAUGACAACUCAAUCCAAUUAGCUCAAUUUGAAUCUAGUUGAAUUCCAGACUGGUUUCUAAAUUCAGUUUGUUUUGAUUUAGACAAGAUAUGGUUGACUUGAUUUAAUUUCAUCCAGUCAGACUUGAUCAUUUGUACAAGAAGCUUGACCUUCUAAGAAAGAAACUAGAGUUUCAUUCAUCAAUGUUGCCAUAGUUUCACCUGAAUAAAUUCAAUAAAUAAUUAUGAUGUUAGUGGCUAAAAUGAUAGAAGAAACAUUUGAAAUCGGGCUCUAAUCAAGGCCAUUGCACUGUAGUUCUGUCAGAGAUUUUCAUUAGAAAUAAAUUUCUGAACCAAGUGAUUGUCUAUUUCAGAGUAAUGAAUUAUUAAUCUCACUUUGACUGUUCCAAGUUGACAAUUACACAGUGACUGUACUGAGAAGAUUAAUAGCCAAUAAAACUGAUUCCAACUUAGCAGAAGAGUGGUUCAUACAAUGAUUUUGCAUCCACUUCUCAACCCGGCCCAUGCUACUGGGAAUGUAGUCAAUCUAAGCUAUUAAAGGUCCUAAGUAAACACAUUUAUGCCUUUUCAGUUUAAUUUUAAGUUGACAUCCAACUGUUUAUGAUUUUGGUCUUUAUUAGCAAUUCAUCUCAGGCCUCAAAGUCUUACAGCCCGAAACAAACCCUUCAAUCCAAUACAUCCAUACUGAAGAUAAUCUAGUUCCAUUUGUCAGUAUUCAGACCAUAUCCUCCAAACCCUUCCUAUUCAUAUAUCCAUCCAGAUACCUUUUUAAAUGUUCAAAUUGUACCAGCCUCCAUCACUUCCCCUGGCAGCUCUGCUUGAAAAAGCUACCCCAGUUCCUUUUCAAAUCUUUCCCUUCUCAUCCUAAACCUAUGCUGUCUAGUUUUGGACUCCCUACCCCCAUGAAAAUGACCUCCGCUAUUCAUCAUAUCCAUACCUUUCGUGAUUUUAUAAACCUCUAUAAGGUCACCCCUCAACGAUUUAAUCCUGGUGCAGCAAGUAAUGCUGUUGAGGUUGAGGAAGAGAAGAGACUUUAUAAUUCAUUUUUAUUGCCUGAAGUGAUUCAUUCGCAAACACUGACUUCACCUUUAUGACCACGGAAGGGAACAAGUAGGGAUAACAAAAUAAUUUGAAUUUUAAACUUAGAGAGAGAAAAUCUGCUUUUUUUAUCCAAUAUGUUUAAUUCUUCUGCAUACUCCAGUGGUUGAAACUACUUGUCAAAGAAUAGACUGAUGGUAUUAAAUAACAAACAACUGAUGUUACCACAUAUUUUAUUUCCUUUUUGAGGUGGAAGUAUCAAUUCCACCAAAAGUUCAUACUUCCGAGUCACAAGGUGUAUUAUUCAGAGUUUGUGUGUGUGUCUGUGCAGACCAGUGUGGUGUGCAGUGCGCAAAUGAGCUUUUUCUGUUCAAGCAGUGAUAAUAUUGCAUAAAAGGUAAUGGUUUUAAUUCGCUGUCCCACACAGAGGGACACUGAGACUGCAGGAACUAUGGCAGCAGGAAUGAGCACAGCAUGACAGAGGUUUUUCUUAAAUUAUCUUUACUACGAAUUGCAUCUAGUCAUGAUGCAUUAUGACCAAUACUUUGUAAAAACAAGGAAAAUAACCUGCUUUAAAUAAAUAAUACAUAAUUGUACAUAACAUGGAGAAUAAAAUGAUGUGACAGUAGAUAUGUUUAAAAGACCGAAAGUCCCACUAUGAUCUCACGCUUUGAUCUUCCUGACAAAGGCUUUUGUUUUAUUUUUCAACACUUUGUCACUAAGAAAGGCACAAAUAAUACUCAGAAAAUUGGAUGAGUAAACCCCUACUUCUCCCUCUUAAUCCUAAUCCUGUGAUUUUCUUGUUCCCUGCUGAAUAUUACUACAUACCAAAGAGAGUCUCAUUAAAUCCCCAGAUUCUAUUCAAAUAAAAGGAUUUAUCAGCUUGACACCACUUUAUUGGAAAAUGUAUUAAAACAUCUAUUAAUUUUAUUUGUUUAAAACAGAUGUAUCUACUGUGUUAAUGUCUUCAGUAACAUAUAUCUUCAAUAGUUGCUGCUUAGAGUUGCCAAUGUUGCAAUUCUAAUUUUGCAGAUGAUUUUUCUUUAUUUACUUUGGUGCAUUUCAAGAAGCUCAAAGAAUUUAAAGUUUGUAGAAAUUCAGCAACUUCCAGUUAAUUAGGCCAAGUGGGAGCAAAGAAAUUAACAGUUGUUCCCCCUUUGCUCAAGGAAGAAGUGCCAGGCAAAAGUGAAGACAAAUCAAAUAUCGAACUCAAAUGGGAUCUAUGGGCCAAUAUUGGAAGUGGGAAAAGUGGCCAUUUCAAGAUAGGUUCAAUACUGCUUUUUCAGAUAGAUUAUGAAGCAUUGAUGUUGCUACGCAAUGAAUAGAAGAGUAUUGUCAAGCUAGUUCUCAUGGAUAACGCAAGAUAUUGUCAUUCAAUUUAUUAAGCAGAGAUGCUCAGCAUUCCUUUGCUAGAUUAGUUAACUUUUCAAUAUUUAUACCAUGUAUAUUUAUAUAAUUUAUAAUUGACUAAUAAACCACUUGUACUGAGAGCUUUGUUUAAGUUUUAUGUUGACAGCUUUUCACAUUCAGAAAAUCAAAUUGUACACUCAGAUGAGCUCGCAACCAUAUAAUCCUGUUCACAAAUUAGUGCAACAAAUAAUUUUCCUUUCUUCUGCCAUGCUUGUUAUGUCUAAAUUAGUUUAAAAUCUUUAAAGUGUUUAAAAAUCUUUGUAUUCCUAAUCUCCAGCCUUUUUUAUUAUUGAUAGGAAUAGAAUACUGAGCAAAUCAGUGAGAGCUGAAAAGUUACAGAGGUCAGAGGGCAAAGUGGAGGCAGACCUCAUUUUUUACUCGAAGAGUCCCUCCUCCCUACCUUUUAUCUCAGCCUGCUUGGCUCUCUCUCUCUUAUUCCUGAUGAAGGGCUUAUGCUCGAAACGUUGAAUUCUCUAUUCCUGAGAUGCUGCCUAACCUGCUGUGCUUUGACCAGCAACACAUUUGCAGCUGUGAUCUCCAGCAUCUGCAGACCUCAUUUUUUACUGAAAGACUGGUUGACCUAGGAAUUACUGGAUGAUGAUAACACUGACACAAUGCAGUUGUGAUGAGCUACAGUGGGAGUGAGAGGGUAGUGCAAGGCAGACAUACUUGGCAUGCCAUGCCAACAGAUUUCCUGGCAGGUGUGGCUCCAAGCAGCAAAACCAUGCUUUUCAAUAAGACUUUAAUUAUUAACUAAUUAAACGCUAUCAAAUCUGGUAGUUCAACACUGCAGCCUUGCAUUCUGUGAUUCUGAUAGAAAUUGUCGGGCUGGAUUGUAAUGUAACCUGUUGUGUUGGGAAAUAUCGUGGUUGUGCACACUUCAGCCUGGGAGAGGCUACCUGUCUGCCUCCUAACGGUUUGAAAAUAUCCUGAUAUUAAGCUAAAGGAAGGAACAACCCAUAAGGGAAACGUACCUGCUUGCAGGGUGUUGUCAUUAGUUUAUAAUUGACAUCAAUCAUCCAAGCCCACGCCAAUUUAAUGGCAGCGCAACUGUAUGCUACUGUGCACCAAGAUAUUUUCAUUGCUCUUUGAUAUUCAAGAGCUCCUUUAAUUAGUACAACUGGUCAUUACAGUAUCCAUCAUCCACAUACAUUAAUGUCCACUGUAACACUUUAUCAGCAUGUAAUUACAAAUUCACAUCUGAAAUCUUGGUGGAAAGAACUAGCUAGCACCAUUCAAACAAAAAUUAAGCUGCAUAAACUUUCUGGGAUUCUCAGAUCUCUCAACCUUUGCAAAUAACCAUUUAAGGUUAUUGAGGAGAUGUUUAAACUGUACUAAUCCAAACAGGAAUGCUGAGGCAUCUUUAUGGUAAUGGUUUCCUGGAGCUAACAGAGAGAAAUUUGCAAACUGAGGAUGAAAAGAAAAUAUAAUGAAUGAGUAAAAUAGUUGUUUUUCAAAUGCAGUCUAUUGUGAUAACUUUAUGGAUAAAUUUUUGUCAGUUUGGUAGAAUGACUAAAAGCCUGAGUUCAGACAGAAUAGGAUGGCUUCUGUAACCGACACAAAUAACGUGUUUCUUCACAUAUUCGUUGAAAGAGGUUUUCAUGAUAUUGCUACUAAUUAUAAAUAACUGAACAAGGCAAGUUUUGUUUUGAAGUUCUGCACAGCUGUUCAAACAUAUACAUUUUUAACUUUUACUUGCAUAAUCUUAGAAAUAUUUAAUAUUGUCUACUGUCUUUGGUUGCCUGAAAGAAACAGCAACUAAAGCUUGGAUGUGUACAAAAUCAAGGAUCAGUGUUGUUCAGCAUCCAUUAGUAUUUGUGAGUUUUAAAAAUAAUUCCUGCAAGUCAGAAUAAUACACUUAUGACUGAGAUUUAUAAAGUGAAUUGACAUUUGCAAGAAAGACUGAAAUCCUAAGGUUCCUUUAAAAUAUUUUAAUGUAUAUUCAAUACAGAUUUGCAGUGUUUAAGAUUUUACAUGACAACAAAUUGUACAGUUCUCUGGAUUAAUGAUUCCAUGAAGGUACAUGAUUCUACUUUGAUAAUGUUGUUCAAGUACACUGUCUGCAUUGUGAGUUGAUAAUGUUGAGCUGUUUAUGGUUGACAUUAUUAAAUUGUUACU